UUCCAGGGCCGCCGUUCACACUCUCCUGGUCAGAGUCCUGGGACCACAUGUGGAUGCUGCCGUGGCUUCUUGCCUUCUCCAUUCUGGGUCUCCAGGCUUGGGAUACUCCCACUGUCGUCUCCCGCAAGGAGUGGGGGGCAAGACCACUGGCCUGCAGGGCCCUGCUGACCCUGCCUGUGGCCUACAUCAUCACAGACCAGCUCCCAGGGAUGCAGUGCCAGGAGCAGAGCAUUUGCAACCAGAUGCUGCGGGGGUUGCAGUCCCAUUCCAUCUACACCAUAGGCUGGUGCGACGUGGCAUACAACUUCCUGGUUGGGGAUGAUGGCAGGGUGUAUGAAGGUGUUGGCUGGAACAUCCAAGGCUUGCACACCCAGGGCUACAACAACAUCUCCCUGGGCAUCGCCUUCUUUGGCAAUAAGAUAGGCAGCAGUCCCAGCCCUGCUGCCUUAUCAGCUGCAGAGGGUCUGAUCUCCUAUGCCAUCCAGAAGGGUCACCUUUCGCCCAGGUAUAUUCAGCCACUUCUUCUGAAAGAAGAGACUUGCCUGGACCCUCAACACCCAGUGAUGCCCAGGAAAGUUUGCCCCAACAUCAUCAAACGAUCUGUUUGGGAAGCCAGAGAGACACACUGCCCUAAAAUGAACCUCCCAGCCAAAUACGUCAUCAUCAUCCACACCGCUGGCACAAGCUGCACUGUAUCCACAGACUGCCAGACUGUCGUCCGAAACAUACAGUCCUUUCACAUGGACACACGGAACUUUUGUGACAUUGGAUAUCACUUCCUGGUGGGCCAGGAUGGUGGCGUGUAUGAAGGGGUUGGAUGGCACGUCCAAGGCUCUCACACUUAUGGAUUCAAUGAUAUUGCCCUAGGAAUUGCCUUCAUCGGCUACUUUGUAGAAAAGCCACCAAAUGCCGCAGCUCUGGAGGCGGCCCAGGACCUGAUCCAGUGUGCCGUGGUUGAGGGGUACCUGACUCCAAACUACCUGCUGGUGGGCCACAGUGACGUGGUUAGCAUCCUGUCCCCUGGGCAGGCUUUGUACAACAUCAUCAGCACCUGGCCUCAUUUCAAGCACUGAAGGAGGCCCUACUCCCUCUGAGACUGCCCUCCCUCCCCUGCUGGGUCUCUCCAAUCCUCACCAGACACCCUGGCUCAGCACCUUGUGUCCCCCUCCCCUGCCAGCCCAUCCUUUCUCAGGUUCGAAUGGUCAUGCCCUUUCCUGCCAACAUCCUCCAGAAGCCCCUAAACCUCGCAGCUGGGCAUUCACAGCCCUCCUGGUCUGAGUUUAGACUUCCUCUCUCCUCACCUACCUCUCCCCUGGGCACCUACCUCUUCAGUCGGGUGAGACAAUGGGCUGGUCCUUGUGGCAUUUCUCUCUCUCUCUCCCCAACCCCUGUCUUCUCUCUCUCUCUCUCUCUUUUUGUCUGCCUGGUGAGCCUUCCCUGUUGUCUGCCUGGAAGCUCCCACCCUUCACCCCUCACCCAUGACCCAGGUCAGUGUGCCCACCCCUCCUCUCUGCUCACACAUGGACUGGUACAUAU